UAUAAGGAUUUUCUUUAAAAAAAAGCUCUGAAAUAUUUGUUAACAUCAUAGUAUUUAAAUUGUAUCAAACCGUAACCAAGGAAGAUCUUGUCGCCAAAAGCUUUGCUGUCAUAUGACGGUUUUAGAAGGACAUUUCAGAGGAAGAAAAAGUCCUUAAAACUCAACAAUAUUGGGAACAAUAAUACUACAAAUGUUCAGUGCUACGGAUUAUUAAUAUAUUUGUAUUAAAAUAUAAGUGACGAAAGAAGACAUCCAUUUCAGCAAAUCGGUUUCAGUUUUCCAGAUUUUUAACAUGCACGACAACAUAACACCAUAGCUGAUGAAAAUCUCCGAAUAAUGGGUCUUACCACAAACGACUUUUAUGUCAUUGACGUCUGAAAAACCAAUAAAACACAAAUCAAUAAAGCGCACUGAUAUUGCACAAAACAGCAGAAGAAAAAAAGAAAAAGAAAGAAGAAAAAAAAGAAAAAGAAAAAGAACCAAAACGAAAAAAAGAGCACACUGUUUUGGGAUUGUGGGUGUUAUUUAAAACGGAUUUUUCGCAAUAUCCAGUACACAGAAACGCGGUGUAGUUUAGAAAGCAAUACUGGGUAAACUGCGGCGGCAAGGAUGAAAAGUUUAGAGUAUCUGGUGCGUCGACCAAAGGUGACGUUCAUCAAAGUGACCAUGUCCAAGGCACGUCGACGGCGGGACAGUAAGCGAUGGACUCACCAACACACCGCCGAUUCCAGUCAGUAUAUGACGCACGUGACUCGAGUACCGCCCAUCGUGAGAUUCCGUCGUUACGUCAGACUGACACUGAUCUGUAUCAGACUUUUCAAGACCAGCUAUAAAAGUCUGAAGGAUUCCGGCGAGGAGUUUCUGUCGGUGUUGCAGGUAUCAGAGGAAUAUGGCGCCGUCAUUGACCGGAGAGGGCUCAUAUUCGAUCCCAAACACUUUAAAGCCAACACCGAGGAAAGACUUGGACAAGAAGCCAGACGAUUGUUACAAAUGGACCCAAGGGAGAGAACUGAGACUGACUUACAAUACCUUGUGAUAAUUCUGUGCAGUAUCCCGGCGUUUGCCGAGUACCCACGAAGAAUGCAGCACAGGUUGUGUGAAGUUGGCUGGUAUGAAACAUAUGAACCAAAACGAGCUGUAAUCAGAGAGGGACACCCACCACACGCAUUUUACUUCAUUAUUUCCGGAACAGUGAUUGUGACGACUCACGAGGGAUCGAGCACGCGGACUCUGGUUUCAUUAAACAGAGGCAUGUCAUUUGGGGAGCUGGCAGUCAUAACGAGGCGCCGUCGCCAGGCAACCGUCAGUACACAGACGGAAACGGAACUGCUGUGUAUAUCUGUCCAGGAUUUUACGGACAUCUUUAUGUCAGGAGGACUUCAGAACCUUAAUGAUCCAGACCACAAUUCUUUUAUACGGAGCAUCGGAUUUUUGCGGCAGUGGCCGGUGGACUGUUUGUCGGAAAACCCAGAGGCAUGCAUGUUCCAUUACUUCAACCGCGGCCAGGUGCUAGUUAGAGAUAGCAACAAUUCAGAUUGGAUCUACAUAGUGAAAACGGGCAGUUUAUCUGUACUUAAAAAGUUACGCCAGGUACAGCCGGCAAAUGCACAUCAUGACGAGAAGAAAGCUUCCAAAAGAAAAAGGAGCAAAAUGUUUGGGACGGCGGACUACAGUUUGCGCACGCGCAGUGACAGCCGACAGCACGAGGAGAUCCUGACGACGCGCAGUGAACCGGAUUUACACGUAUACCGAAACCAGUUUGAGAUGGAGAAACAGCUGGAGCGGACUUUGCCCGGUUACAACAAACCCAGCGAUAGACUGGGUCUCAUCGACUACGACGCCAUCAUCAAGGAACACCAGUCACGUCUGAUGGUGAAGAACCCCGACAACAACACACAGCUUCCAAGCAUCAACAUCGUCAACAACAACCUCAGCAAGAACGACAGUGAAAGAGAAAAACCGCAAGAGGAACCCCUCAGACUUCCGCCUAUACCUGGUGCUACUCAAGACAAUGGAGGAAAUAACCUAAAGUCAUCAAUGCCACGCCCAAUCACGAGUAAAACAGCUAAGGGUGUGUAUCUCGCCGCUAGUCCCCUCGGAAAGGUACGCAAUGCUGCCAGUGCCGAGGAGGGAGUCACCAACAGGUCUAGACAAACAACGCAGGACGACAUCGAUGUUAGCGAAGACAAGAUAGUCGGAGAAACGCUCGCCAAAUUGCAGUUAGAAUAUGAAAGGAAGUUUCUACAGCGGGAGGGCAGAAAGACGAUAGCCGAGGAGCUGGACAGUAAAGGUCAACGAGACUUCGUCUUCACUGAGGCUGACCUUCACCCCAUGUACAUCAUGGUGCAAGUGCUGGAGAGAGGACAGUAUUUUGGUGUGAGUAACAUGGUGUACCCCGAACAGCCCAGCCUGUACCUCGUAAGUAACGGUGCUGAGUGUAUUGUGAUUUCCAAAAAAUUCUUCCUGGAGAAGGCGUCGGAGGCUUCCAUGAGAUAUCUAAGACAAACGGAAUGUCCUUUUCCAACAGACGACUAUUUGCAGAAGAAUUUACAGGACUAUGUGAACUGGAAGGCCCACCGAGCAAAAAUGUACCGACGUUUGGUUAAACGAAAACUGAAACGUGAUGCCAUGAAAAAACAAUUCCUGCCACAGUAUGAGGGACAGUAUUGCUUCAGGACAGGACCUAUAUGAUGAUGUUCACAUGUUACUGUAAUGAUUCCUGCGGCAUUGCCGUAUUAAAACACGAUAUAUACUAGAAGGAAGGAAAUAGUUUAUUUAACGACACAUUCAACACAUUUUGUUUACGGUUAUCUGACGUCGGACAUAUGGUCGGACCUAUGGUUAAGGUCCACACAGAUAUUGAGGGAGGAAAC